AUGCUUUGGAAAUAAUUCUCAAGGAGAUCUAUUUCACCACAGAAUAAAGAGAACUUAAAUUAACAGGUUGUACAUAUUUUGUUAUCAAAGAGGUUAUAACUAGAAGAAGAGAUAGCAAAAUUUCAAAUCGAUACCAUGACAACUCAUCUUAACUUACAAUAAUUGAAAAUUAUCAAAUACCAAAAUAACCAAAGUUAAAGACAUUGGAUCCCCUUUUUGAUGAAACACUAUGGAAAAUCAAUACAUAAGAUUUAACUUUUAAACUAUUUAAAGAAUCUAUAAUAGAUAGAACAGUAGCAUUUAAAGAAAUAUAUAUGGUAGGAAAAUAAAUAGGUUCAGGUUCAUAUGCUAGUGUUAGAUUAUGUGCAGAUAAAUUAACACUUAAAUCUUAUGCACUUAAAAUUUACAAUAAAUCUAAUAUUUCUACAAGUCGUUAAAAGUCUAUACUUCGUGAAAUUCGCAUACUUCAAAUGAUCAAACAUCCUAAUAUUAUUAAUAUUUAUAAUGUAAUUGAAACUAAUAAUCAUAUCAAUUUACUCUUGGAAUAUAUAGAUGGAAAAUAAUUAAAUAAUUUAAAAGGAUAUAAUUUAAAAUAAGCUUUAUAUUAGAUAGCAUCAGCAUUAAAUUAUUUACAUGCUCGACAAAUUACUCAUAGAGAUAUCAAAAUUGAAAAUAUACUUUAUUCUGAUGGAUAAGUCAAAUUAAUUGAUUUUGGUUUUUCUACUCUCUUUUCCAAUUCCAUCAAAAAAAAGAUAUAUUGUGGAACUCCUAGUUAUAUGGCUCCAGAAAUUGUUAGUAAAUAAUAUUAUAAAGGACCACCUGCUGAUAUUUGGGCUUUUGGGAUUGUUAUAUAUUAUUUAACUCAAGGUUAUUUCCCAUUUAAAGGUUCAAAUGAUAAAGAAUUAUUUCAAUUGAUUAUGUAAUGCAAAAUUAAUUUCAAUUCUAUUAAUGAUCACUAUUUACAAGAUCUAUUAUAUUAAAUGUUAUAAUUCGAUCCAGAAAAUCGCAUUUCUGCAGCAGAAGUAUAUUUCAAUUAUAUUUAGAUUCUCUUGCAUCCAUGGUUUCUAGAUAACAUCAAGCCUAAUAGUAAAUCUCAAAAAUCUAGUUGUACAAAAAUCAAUUCACCUAAAUAAAUCAAUCCUUAUUAAUAAUAUUAAUCUACAGUUAAGAAAAAUGAUAAAGCCUCAAUAGAAUAUCAAUUAGAUCAUUCUUAAAUUAGAAAAGGAGUAGUUUAAUCAUAUAUGAGUUCGGUAGCAUCCAAUAAAUCACCAAUACUUCGAAGAAGAGAUUCAGGAAAUUAAACAUUUGAUAAAAGCAGUAAUUCUGUACUUUAUUUGUUUAAAUACUGUUAAUGA